GUUGUUUGUAAACAAAAUUCAAGGUUUCUCAAAACCCUAUAUAUAAUCCAACACACUUAACAAAUUAAAUAUCUCCAACCAAAACACACGAUUAAACUCAAGCAGUAAACAAAACCCAAAAGAUGUCUCAAAAACUCAUGUUCUUGUUCACCCUUGCCUGCCUCUCCUUAUUACCAUCUCUUUUAUUCUCCGCCGAAAUACCGGCCACCGGAAAUGCCACUUCACCGUCAAACGUAUGUCGAUUCGCGCCGGAUCCAUCAUACUGUAGAUCGGUUCUUCCAAACCAGCCCGGAGACAUAUACUCCUACGGCCGUUUCUCCCUUCGACGGUCUCUCUCAAGGGCCCGCCGUUUCAUUUCGCUGAUCGACGAUCAACUUAACCGGAAAGGCAAAGUGGCCGCUAAAGCCACCGUGGGGGCUCUCGAAGACUGCAAAUUCCUAGCCAGCCGGACUAUGGACUUCCUCCUUAGUAGCUCACAGACCGCCGAUUCCACCAAAACGCUAUCGUUAUCUAGGGCCGAGGAUGUUCACACAUUUCUUAGUGCAGCCAUCACCAACGAACAGACUUGUCUUGAAGGACUUAAAUCAACGGCAUCAGAAAAUGGUCUCUCCGGUGAUAUUUUCAACGACACAAAACUCUAUGGGGUGUCUCUUGCCCUUUUCUCCAAAGGUUGGGUGCCAAGAAGGCAAAGAUCGAGACCGAUUUGGCAACCACAAGCCCGCUUCAAAAAGUUCUUCGGUUUCCGUAACGGUAGACUACCGUUAAAGAUGACAGAAAGGGCACGUGCCGUUUACAACACAGUGACUAGAAGUGGGAGAAAGCUUCUCCAAGCUGAAACAGACGCCGUUCAGGUGAGCGACAUUGUGACGGUGAUCCAGAACGGGACGGGAAACUUCACGACCAUAAACGAGGCAAUUGCAGCCGCGCCAAACAAAACAGACGGUAGUAACGGUUACUUCCUGAUCUACGUAACGGCGGGAUUGUACGAGGAAACCACUUUCAAUUCCGCCACAUUUAUUCUAUCAGGUCCCAAUUUUAUUGGCGUGAACAUAACAAUCCGCAAUACGGCAGGACCGACCAAGGGCCAAGCCGUCGCAUUGAGGAGUGGUGGGGACUUGUCUGUUUUCUAUAGUUGCAGUUUUGAAGCCUAUCAAGACACCUUAUACACACAUUCUCUCAGACAGUUUUAUCGUGAAUGUGAUGUAUAUGGUACCGUGGAUUUUAUAUUCGGUAAUGCUGCAGUGGUAUUACAAAACUGUAAUUUGUAUCCGCGUCAACCUCGCAAAGGUCAAUCGAACGAAGUAACGGCUCAAGGCCGCACUGACCCGAACCAGAACACUGGAACCGCGAUCCAUGGUUGUACCAUAAGACCGGCGGAUGACUUGGCAACGAGCAACUAUACAGUGAAAACUUUUCUUGGUCGACCUUGGAAAGAAUAUUCGAGAACCGUUGUAAUGCAAACUUACAUAGACGCUUUUCUUGAGCCGAGUGGUUGGAAUGCAUGGUCCGGCGAUUUCGCAUUGAGCACACUUUACUAUGCGGAAUACAAUAAUACCGGACCCGGAUCUAACACCACAAACCGAGUCACUUGGCCAGGUUAUCACGUCAUCAACGCUACUGAUGCUUCCAACUUCACGGUCACUAAUUUUCUUGUUGGUGAGGGCUGGCUCGGACAAACCGGAGUGCCUUUCGUGGGUGGACUGAUCGCGUAAUUAACCUUUAUACGUACUGUUAAUUAGUGACAUAUUAAUUAAUUAUAGUAUUGUUUAAUUAUUCAUGUGUUUUUCUUUUUUGUUCUCAAUCAUAUAAUUAUUUUAAGUGGUGCCUGAUUCCAUUAUACGAUUUGUAUUGUUUUCAUCGAAAUGUAAUAAUAAACAGGAACGGGUAAUCAAA